UCUGAUUUGAUCUGAUUGGUUGAUUGGAUCAGUUGGUGAUGAAUCAGUCACACUGAUGAGAACUUGUGCAGCUGAAGCAGGAGCUGAUGUAUCUGAUGUGUUUCUGGAUGUUCUUCUUUGUAAGAAGGACCCGGAGUUAUUUAGUUCAGUUUGAAUGAAUUAUUCACUUUUACAUUUUUUAUCCUUUAAUGAUCUUGAGUCUUUUUCAUGAGCUUAAGUUUCUGUGGAGAGUCUCUGCUUCCUAAGCCUUCCACAAAUAUUCACUCUGAAAGGAUCUUAGCAUGUAUUAUAUAAAUAAAAUAAUAUUACAGCUGAUUACUCAAAUGAAGAUUUAGUUUUAUGAGAAUUAGAAAUCACAAUUGCAUUUUGUUAAGAAAUGACAUCCUGCUUUAGUUUACUAAAUAAUCAUAGAUGCUCGCAUCCGUUUCAAAACAAUAGUACUUGGUACCGUGCUUGUGACGGAUCGGGUCCAGGCCACAUCCAGGACCUUGUCCAACCUUACAGCCCUUCCACUCUGCUCUGCACCAACCAAUCAGCUGCUCCCUCACUGCGAUGGACAGCUGUCACUCAACAACACCCCCCCUGUUUCUUGUCCCGGCUCCUAAACUGUGAAACCAGCUCCACAUGGACAUCAGGACAGGAAGUCCUCACAUCGUCCUCCAGACUGGAGACACAUCUCUUCAGACCACACCUGGGUCAAGAAGACUAUGUUUAAUAACCAUCGUCAACUCUGAGUUCUUUGUGUGUCCUGCGCUCUUCGCUAAGUCAGCUGACGUUUCAUCAGGAGCCAGCGGGAAACACAAGUUGCUGUUGUGUGACGACAGAGAAGAGUUUAGGAGACGUAAAGACGACUCAGUGCGACGUGACGGCAUUGGAGUUCUUUCAGAUUCUGAGAACGAGGAGCCCAUCAGGAAGAUCAGGAACGUCUCUGCCUUCGUCCGGAGAACCAAAGCCUCGUUAGUUGUCGCUGGUGGUGCUCAGAGGAGUCGAAGCUGCACCGACCCGGUGGAGGUAGGAGGACGGAAACUGAAGGUCACCGCUCAGCCGGCCAUGAUGGACCAGGUCGGGAUCACUCACAGCUACACGGCAGGAAUCCUUCUCUCCUCUGAGAAUAGUCGCUCCGUCUCGGCUCCGAUCGCUGCUCCUGACCGGAGGCUCACCUGGCGAGCUGUGAUCACAUCAUCAUCCUCCACUCCUCUGGUCCUCCCUCUGCCUCAGCCCGAGCGCUCCAUCAGCCCUGAGAGCAACGACAGCAUCUCAGAAGAGCUCAACCACUUCAAGCCCAUCGUCUGCUCGCCGUGCACGCCGCCCAAACGUCUCCCAGACGGCCGUCUGUUGGAACCAACCAUUGUUAAGUCCACGCCUCGGAAUCUGACCCACGGCCUGCAGAAAUCCACCAGCUACGAGGCCAGUCCUGCUGUGCUUCAGAAGUGGAGACAGAUCGAGCUUGAUCGGCAGAAUCUCAAAGUGAACUCCAAGGCCACGCUGACUAGCCCAAUCACAGAGCGCCACGGCAAGACCAACGGCGGCGAGGAGGCCGCAAAGACUCGUGUGUCUUCUGCAGGAGACGGGCUGACAUCCACCAACAAGAGGAGGCUGCUCUUCGAUCCUCCAGCCGGGGACACGGACACUUUCCAGAAACAGUCUGUGAUGAUCCGGGUCCCUGCUAUCCGCUACAGCAGCGAUGCAACUUUCAGAGGUUGUUCAGACCAUGAAACGACAGUCGCAGUUCCUGAAUCCUGCAGCGCGGGGGUGGUGUUUAGUCGAAAACAAUCAUUCUCCCCGUAUUCUGAGAACUCUGGUUUCCAGUCGUGUAAAUUAGUGCCAAAGGACAGGCAGAGUCCCAGGAAAGAGUCUGACAGCACCAUCCACAACCAGUCUACCUCAAGGAGGGGCAAGAAGAGGAAGCAGAAGACGAAGCACCUGGACUCAGAGCGCGAUGCUGACAUGAAGAGGAGCCGGCCCGGCAGCCAGGACGCCUUCGACGAGCGGUACAUCUGUCAGAUCCAGCAGGAGCGGCAAGACCGGGUCCUCGCCCUAAAGCUGCAGAGACAGUUUGACCUGGAGAACCAGACCGUCAACCGCAGGAGGAGCCCCGACACGUACUUCCUGCGAUCAUGGAUGUCCAAUCAGAACCGCAGGAGGCGUGGUCUGAGGAGAUCCCGACGAAUCAACAAAAAGUACUAAAAAGGAUUUGUCUGCUGACUCAGCACAAUGUCAGACAGGAAGUGGUUCAAAUAUGCAAAGUGAUGAGAGGUUUGAUGAGUAUGAAUGUUUUUCAAUCGUCGUCUCAGCGACAAGUUUAAUGUCCUGAACAUGUUUUAUUUUCUUUUCACCAGCAAAUCACCAAAAAGCGAAUCAGUGAGACGGAGAAAAUAAUCCACUGCGAUAGAAACACAUGGUCGUGACAACCCAGCUCAGAUCACUGAUUCAUUUUACAUUAAACUGAUGCUGCAGCAAUAAUUGAUGGUAGCUGAUCAAUAAACUGUUUAUCAUUUGUCUUCACUGUUCCAUCAAACAGACGCCGCUUAAAGACAGAACCAUUUUCACUGUUGAUUCACCUGCACGUUAUAUUUCAUCAACUUCAUGGAAACAUCGCAGAUGGUUUGAAACGAUGUGGGUCGUCUGCUGAGCCGAUGUGUAACAGCAACACAACUUGGGCAUCCUGUGUCCAAGAUCUGCUAUAGACACAUGGAACUGUAGGGGGCAGUGUAGUUUACGAUCCGAGUAUUGUGUUUCCUCUAUUAGUAUAAUCAUGUAACAUGUAAUACACAGUGUGCAAACAUGCUGUGUAUUACAUGUUACGAGGCUCUUCAUUAUGCAGACUCUGCUCUCCGAUGUUUUCUAAUCAUCACACUUCGAACCGAUCUUUAUUAAAACCUGCUGAAUUCAUAUUUAUGUUCUUGGAGAGACGGGGCGUCACUUCUUGCCACAAAGAAGUUAAAGCAUUGUGUUACGUUGUUGUCUGGGGGAAGAACUUCCAUCUGUGGGAGUGUGUGUGUAUUUGUCUCUGUCGCUCUUCAAACAAACUGACAAUCACAUUUAUUAAGUUAUUAAUCGAUAGUGCACGAUCAUGAAUCUGGAUCAUUCCGGUCACUCACCCUGAUGUCCUGACUGUGCGUCUCAUGUUGUGUGUAGCGGGUGAACUUUGUGCUCACAAAAUGUUGGACAUAUUUUCAAUGCAUUUAAAGGUGUGUCAUACACUCGACGUGUCAAACAAAGAUAAACUUCAGUCUCGUUCUGGUCCUGAUGACCUCUGAUCAGUGCUGGUGGUGACUGUUGAUGUGUGAAGUGCGGCAGGCCAGCAGGGACGGCUCGGAACAAAGUGGAAACCCGACAGUUCGUGAAUGCAUCUAUUGUUUUAACUAAAUUCACCAACACGAGCAAAAGUAAGUCAACUAGAGUUCGCAAAUGUCGGUUUUGAUCAUUUUCCGUGGUUGCCAAAUGGUUACAGUAGUCCAGACCAAACCUGGUCAGAUGAGGAGGCGGAGUUUCACCUCAUUGCUCUGCAGGAGAGAAAGUCGUGUGACAGGACGAGCAAGCCUCAUUGGUAGAAGUGAUGAAAUAAUUCAGCUAGUUGAGAUACAAGUGAAAAAAUCUGAGUUUGUGAUGAAUUCAUCAGUCAUCAGCUGAUUCCAAAAUGUAAAACCAAACCAAGUGUAAUAAGUUGCUUUACUGUGUAAUGUGAUCACAUGACUUCCUCUCAGCUGCCUCCUGUUUCUGACUGACAUGAAUCUCUGAUGAUUGACAGUCUGUGUUGCUGAUGGAGCUGAAGGGCUUUUCUCCCCUGAUGAUACUAAUAUGCACAUUUUCUAAAGUGGGUGUGAAGCUUUGACGGUUGAGUUGAUGCAGUGGUUUCAUGCUGAGUGCCAAAUCCCCACAGACGGAUGGACCAUGUUUCUAUCGUGAUUCACAAGUUUUAUAUGAUGGCGAGGAGGAGACCAAGAAAAACUAAAUGACCUGAAACCA